CGGAUUUUGCCUGUCUAGCAGAUUCAAAGAAAACUUCAAGGAAAUUCUUGUGGUGCCACUUGUUGAUUUUGGAAGCCUGCGUCAGGACUAUUGAAUGUUUAGUAGCGCGGGCAGUGAGUAGGCAUUCGAUGUUGGAGUUCCCAUGCUGCUUGACAUGCCUGUUGGUUAAGGUGUAUCGGCGUUAUGCUACGUGCGGUUCAGGCGCGAGGGAGAUUACUUCCCCCUGUUCCUGUCCCUCACAUUCAGAAGUAACUGAAUGCCACCUCUAGUCAAUCCGAGAACCAUAAAAAGAAAGAUCAUGAAUGAAUAAUCAAACAGUCAAUCGCCCAAGUCGCCAUCUACAUUCAACUCACUUUUCGACCACUUUAUAUCGACUCAGAACCUAUAUAUCCCCAAGUUCGAACAUGCCUGGAUCUGAGAAAGAGGCGAUUACAAACGUUUCACAGGAAGAUUGUGAACGCAAGGGUUCCGUCGGAGACGGCCCGCCUGCAGAAGUGCCAAAAGUAGGCCUAGAAGACUUUCCCAACGCAGUUUCCGCUUCAGUCGGCCUUUUCUCUGAGACGGACAGCUGUCUCAGGCUCACCACCACUGACGGUCACAAUGGCAUUGGGUUGGCUUCUGGCAUCGGAGAGGGAUUCGUCUUGGCGGGAGGAACACUGGGGUAUAGUUCUUGGGACGUAUUGAUGUCAGACAAGAGCUCAUUCGUCAUCGCCGCCGCCAAUGUUGACGGUCUGGUGGUUACCUUCAUGGCCAAUGGCUCGGCUCAGGCCGUCUUCGUUGGCGGUGGGAUUGGCGAGGAUAUUUCCGGAGGCUAUGGCUAUGUUUUCACCUGGGCAUGAGUACUGUAGGUUCAAGGAUACCAAGAUAGUUUUUUAUCACGUCAGUCCUUGCUCGCAAUGGCUGGGAUGAUGUUCCCUCUCGGUUAUUGAAAUACUAGCAAAGCUGCUGCGAAAAAAAUUAUUUGAACACACGAGGUUACAUCAUGAGGAUUCACUUCAACGCUGAAUCACACUGUUAACAUU